AUGGCAGAGCAACACCCACACCUCCGGAUCGCCGAGCUUCCCGGCAACGGCAAAGCCACAGGCGACCGGCGAGGGGUAGGAGUGCCUGCGGCAAAAAUUAUACCCCUGGGAUGUCUUGAUGGCCAUCCCAGCAUGUCGAGUCCACUGACCGGGUCUCGGGUGGCUUGCUGGAGCGCGCACUACCACCAGCACUCCGCGACUGGGCGGGGGUCCCCCCCCCGUCCUUCCCUCCGCCCGGCUGUGGGGGGGAAAGGAAGACGAAAGGGGCCCCCGAUCAUCGGGGAGGGGCAGAGGGCCGCGAGAAGCACGUACGCGCGCCGAGAAGCAAACGCACGCGCCAAUCAUCCCGAUCGCACGACACUCCGGGGGCUGGAUCGCGCUCGGAUCUCAUCAGGACUGGGCAUGCACGCGCACGCCCUCCCUCUGGCAGGAAGCCGCUGGGAGGGGGGCAUGUCAUGCCGCAAAUCGCAAGGGUCCCUCCCCUACCCUGGCCGCACAACCGGCCACCGACACACGUCAUCGUGUGCCUGUCCGUGCACAUACAUACACACGCACGCGCGCAUCCUGGUACACGCGCAUCUCCGCCCGCCAUCCUCGGCCAUGCCAUCCUCGCGAGUUCGACGCGGUGCCGACCGCCCACAGCAUGUUGCCAGCACCGAAGGGCGCCCCAGGGGGGGCGCCUCCUAA